AUGAAAUUCAAAAAAGGAGGUGAUGAGCUCAAGAUUGCAUUUAAUAGUGCAUCUAAAGCUUACAACAUAGAAGAUUUUGAAAAGAGCAUGCAAGACUUGGACAAUAUAGAUGUAAGAAUAAGAGAUUACUUGGUGAAUGAAAUUGGUGUCGAAAAGUGGACAAGACUAUAUGGCAUGAACAGGAGAUACAAAACAAUGACAUCAAAUAUUGCCGAAUCAGUCAAUGCAGCCUUGAAAGCAGUAAGAGACCUACCCAUCGCAACUCUACUAGAAUGCCUACAUUCAUUGGUGCAAAGAUGGUAUUGGGAAAACAAGAAUAGAGCCCAAAAAACUACAACAACACUGGCAAAAAUACCUGAAAAAACAUUAAAGAAACAAAGAGAUAUGAGUUUAAAGUACAAGGUUGAAACAGCAAACCUUCUGGUAUACCAAGUACACGACAACAACAACAGAUCUCACAUAGUAAACUUGGAGAAUAAAACAUGCAGCUGCCAACGAUUUGAAUAUGAUGAAAUGCCUUGCUCUCAUGCAAUGGCUGUACUAAGCAAAAGGAACCUGUCUUGCUACAAAUAUUGCUCAUACUACUACACGAAAGAAGCUUUUAUGGCAACAUAUGAAGACAGUAUACUCCCAUUAGGUGAGGCAACAUCAUGGAAUAUACCAGAUUUAAUAAGAAAUAUUGUAGUCCUCCCACCUAAACAUAAGAGAGCUGCCGGAAGACCAAAGAAACAACGAUACAAAAAUGGACUUGAAGCAAAAGCACAAGUGGUAUGCGGUCAAUGUCGCCAAAGAGGACACAACAAAAGAUCAUGUAAAAAUGACCCAGUACUAAAACCACCAAGAAAAAGAAAAAGAUCAUAA